AUGCAGCAUCGUUCUCAACAAGCAGAGGACUAUGACGCAAAUUCUCAAAACCCCUCUCGCGUCCUCACCCCUUCCCCCCCAACCCCACCUCCCCCAUCUCUCCCCAUUCGCCCGCCCGGACCACCUAAUUUCAGCCAGCUGACUCAUCUGGAGCUCAGCUUGCGAUUUUCCCGCGAUGCAUCGCGCUACCUCUACGAGGAUAAUCCCACCCUGCCGCCUCUCCACGCCUUCCAUUCCCUCCGCGCCCUCACCCUCAGCUUCCGCCCCAAGGAAAUCUCUCCCCUCAUCCGCUGCUCCGCGCUCACCUCGCUCUCCCUCUGGCAGACCACAGGUAGCUCUCUUGCCUGUCUCGCCUCCUCCUCCUCUGCCUUCCGCGCGUCUCUUGAAUCCCUCACCAUCCGAUCUGUCGAUCUAACAAACUACCUCCCUUGCCUUUCCUCAUUCACGUCCCUCUCCUCCCUCUCCCUCCACUCCUGCACAUUCAAUCCUGGCGAGCUUCACUCCCUCUCGCGCUCCCUCCACUCCCUCACGCACCUCACCAUCGACGAUUGCCCCUCGUUCUGCUGCCGUGCUGUGGCAGCAGUGGUUCGAGCCAACCCCUCCCUCUCCUCCCUCUCUCUCACCGGCACCACCUACCGUCUCUUCAGUUCCAAGCCCCUCUCUGCCGUGCUUCGCCUGUCAUCCCGUAAGCUUCAGACGCUCACGCUUGCGGGUCUGCCGUCGUUCCGCCCGGGUAUGCUUGCGGGGUGCAGCAGCCUUGAGUCGCUCACUCUCGAACGAGCAGAGGGGUCGCUGGAAGGGCUGCUGAGCAUGCUCGUCAGGGCGGACGAGGCGGGGGGAUUGAUGGCACGACGUGUGGAUACGCCUUCAGGUGCGGGUGCGGUUGCUGGUGCGGGUGCGGGUUUGGGUGUUCCUAUAGCAGCUGCGGAGGGGAGGAUCAACGGAAGGCAGAGAAGCUACAUCGACAUCCGCGCAGCAGCAGCAUCGGCGCGUGCCGACGCGGCCUCAUCCUGGAGAGACGUGCGCCGGCUGCGCAAGCGGGCGGGACACCUUGCGCGUGCUGCGCUGUCCGAAGCACAUUCCGCACGCCAGCACGAGUCCGUACAAAGUGUUAGGUCCGCUAUCAGUGCGGUCGUGAGCGCUAUUGCCGCCUGCAAGUCUGCCUCUGCUGGGGUGUGGGACGCGAACGCUGCGAGAGAGAAGGCACGCGCUGUGGCACGACUCUUCACCGCUGCUGCUGCUGCCGGCACCUUAGGGAUAUUCACUGCGCAGUUUGCAGGAGAAGAGGAAGAGGAGGAUCGGGAGCUUGGAGAAGACAUUGUGCUCAGUAACGGAGGUGAGGACUUCCGUGCUGCUGGGGCAACCUUGAAUGCGGUUCACAACGGUACGGAGGAGUGUGAGUCAGGUGGCAGUGGGCCCGUAGUGUCGCGUGAGGAGCUGCUUGUGGUGCUGGAUAGGCUUUCGGAGCAGCUGCGCAUGCGCCUGUCGGCCAUGCGUGAGGACGCUGAUUCGCUGCUCCGGUGGGAGAAUGCUGAGGGCCAGGCAGAAGCGCCAGCAGCAGCAGUUGAGAAGCCAGCAGCAGCAGUUGAGGAGCCAGCAGCAGCAGUUGAGGAGCCAGCAGCAGCAGUUGAGGAGCCAGGGGUGCAAGAGGGCGGCGCACAAAGGGAGGAAGGUCAAGGGGAGAGAGGAGGAGGAGGAGAAGGAGGAGGAGGAGGAGGAGGAGGAGGAGGAGGAGGAGGAGGAGGAGGAGGAGGAGGAGGAGGAGGAGGAGGAGGAGGAGGAGGAGGAGGAGGAGGAGGAGGAGGAGGAGGAGGAGGAGGAUUAGGAGGAGGAGGAGGAGGAGGAGGAGGAGGAGGAGGAGGAGGAGGAGGAGGAGGAGGAGGAGGAGGAGGAGGAGGAGGAGGAGGAGGAGGAGAGUCAGGCAGCAGAUCCACAGCAGCUGUGGCGUGUCAAAGAGUGAAAAGUGCAACGCCAGUGGAAGUGUUCUGCCCUUGCCUGGCCUCCCUGGUCCUGAAAAACAUCCAGUUUACCCCUCCUUCUGAGCCUCUGCCAGGGUAUAUUCCCUCUACAUCCCCUCUCCUGGUUCCUGGUUCUCGUGCUUCUCCUUGCUCCACAUUUCUCUCAACUCCUCUUUCCUCCCUUGACUUCUCCCCAAGUGCCCCUCCCGCUCAGCAGCAGUCGUUUGAGAGCAUUGCCCUGGCGACUGUGUUUGGCGGGCUGAGGCGGUUGGCAGUGGUGCAGUGCGGUGGGGUGGGGGAGGAGCAGCUGAGGGCAGUGCUGCGUGCAUGCCGGGUGUUGGUGGAGCUGAGAGUAGAGCACUGCCACGCCAUGUCCGAUGCCCUGCUGCUCUCAUGUCCUCUGCACUCACUCACUCACGCGACGCUUGUCGCAUGCAAGCAGGUUACAGCUGCCGGUGUUGCCGGGCUGCUUGGGAGUUUCCCGGGGUUGAGGUAUUUAAAGGUGGAGGAGGAGAAGGUUCCUGAGAGGGCUCGGAGGAAGUUACUUCGUGCUGGUAUCGUUGUUAGGGGGUGCGAGUUUGACGUUGGCCCUGGGUGUGGCCCUCUGUGCAAGGCGCAUCGUUGUAGUAAGGUGAGGUAG